AUGGGUGGCGGAGAUUUGAACAUGAAGAAGUCAUGGCACCCGGUGCUCAUGAAGAACCAGGAGAAGGUGUGGUUGAAGGAGAAGGAAGCGCUCGAAGAGAAGAAGAAACUCGACCAGCUGCGCAAGGAGAAGGAGGAAGAGCGGCAAUUGCAGGAGCUACAACGAUUACAGGAGGAACAAACGGGGAAGAAACGAACAGAGAAACUAGAAUGGAUGUAUACGACACCGGCGGCGGGGACAACGACAAAUGAAAGCGAGCUUGAGGAUUACCUACUUGGCAAGAAGCGUGUUGACAAGAUCUUGACUGCCGACGAGAACGCGAAGCUCGGCGCGGCGCACAAGAACUUCAUCGCCGUCCAGAAUGCCAACAACGCUCGUGACAUCGCGUCCAAGAUCCGGGAGGACCCACUGUUCGCGAUCAAGCAGCAGGAGGCUCAGGCGUACGAGUCGCUCAUGAACAACCCUCUGCGUCUGCGCGAGAUGCAGGCUCGCUCUGGCAUUGUGCCGAAGGAGAAGAAAGAUAAGAAGAGCAAGGAGGAGCGGAAGCGGGAGAAGAAGGAGAGGAAGGAGCGCGAGAAGGCGGAGCGGCACGGUGGCUCGCAUGAGCGCAGGAGGUCGCCCAACCCGUACGAACGACGACGCUCGCCAAGUCCGCGCGAACGACAUCGUCUGCCCAGUCCGCACGCACGACGCGAUUGGCCCGACGAAGACCGCCGCAGUAGCCGAUAUGACGACGACCGCCGUUCUUCUGUUCGUUAUGGGGACGACAAGUAUGCACGCAGUGAACGCGAUGAACGCCGCCCGCCAUGGCCUCGCUCAGACGAAAGCGAGUCGCCGCCGCUGCGUGGCCGCAGCCGUAGUCCUCUUGGCCGGUCUAAGCGCGAUCGCAGCCCUACUCGCGAGCGCUCGCCCUACGACUCGUACAGGAAACGCCCUCGCAUUAGCCCGCCACCUCGCCGUCACAGCCCACCUCCCCGUGAACGCUCAGGACCCCCAUCUCGCGCUGCGCCGUCGAAUGCAACUGCAUCGCGCGCUGAGGCGGACCGCGCAGCCCGUCUCGCCGCCAUGCAGGGCAAUGCAGCAUCAAUGGACGUUGAACGGAAAGAGCGUUUGAGCGCGAUGCUCGAGAAGGAGAAGGAAGAGCUCGCCCGGGAAGAGGCCGCCCGCGCGAAGAGCGGUGGCGUGGGUAGCUUCUUGAGUGGCGAGAGCAGGAAGGUCUUUGGCGGACACGGUGAUCUGGAGGAUAGGUUGAAGAGGGGACGGGCGGGAUUGGUCAGUGAGCGGUAUUAG